AUGCGUAUAGCCUAUGCUGUUAGUCAAAUUAUCCUAACUAAUAUUGGUCCAUUUAUUGGUGUAGUUAUUACUAAUGUUUCAGUGAUAAGAGCUUGUCGGCAGAGUGAUGCAUGCAGGAAAUCCUACACAUAUGACUCACAUAAAAUAUUUGAAAAGAGUAUUCAUAAUAACUUGACUCAAGAACAAUCCAGUACACAACUACGUUUACAAAAACGCCAUCUUUCAUACUUACAAAGAGAUUCAAAUAACAUAAAUCAACAGCAAAUAGGAACUGGUAGUUGGCGAACAGGUUCACAAGGUAAAGCGCCAGUGCAACGAAUACAACAAAGAGCAACAAAUCGUGUCACACCAUUAUUACUUGCAGUGAUUCUAGCAUUUCUUCUAUUCACUGCUCCUUUUGGUAUAGUACAUUUGUUUGUUUACAAGUAA